GUCGAUCUCGGGCUUGUGAUUGGCUGAGCUGCGUUUCUCUCUCAGACGCUCCACGGUUUAUGAAGAUGGUCUUGUUGCUGUUCAGGAAUGGGGUUGCAAACAAUACGUAAGCACAACGGUGUGACAAGGAACACUAGCAAUCAUUUCCCAGCAAAUACAUACAUCACAAUACUACACUUCACUUGAUCAGUAUCAUAAUAUUGUCAAGGUAGUACUGUAUCUUCAAUCCAAGAUCAAAGGUCAAUGCAUUCUAUUAGAAGUGGUGGUCUGGCACUAUGGCUGAAACUUUCCUAGAAGCGAAGGAUGCCAAAUCCCUCCUCAAGCGUCUGCCGAGGGCUAACGGCUUCCUGGAAGAGUUCUGUCAGGGCAACAUUGAGCGCGAGUGCAACGAAGAGAUCUGCAGCUACGAAGAGGCCAGGGAGGUCUUUGAGAACCAGGAGAUGACGAUGGAGUUCUGGAAGACCUACUACACAGUGAGCACCAACCUUGACCCGCAGACUGAGCGCUCUGACGCCAUGUACAUGGUGGUGCCCCUGUUGGGCGUGGGCUUGCUCAUCAUCAUUGCGCUCUUCAUCAUCUGGAGGUGCCAGCUUCAGAAAGCCACACGUCGCCGUCCUGCUUACUCCCAGAACCGCUACCUCACCAACCGGACCUCCCGCAGCCUGCCCCGCAUCCUGGUGCACCGGGAGCCCUCACACACAACCACAGAACUGCCUCACCACGAGCCCAGCGCCAGGGCAGGGGCAGCUAGCAGCGGGCACGCCAACCGGACACUGUAUGUUCAGGACACUUCUGUUUCUGUUGCCUCCCGGCUCUCCAGCGCCACACCACCCCCUUCUUACGAGGAAGUCAUCGGACAUGUGGAGAGCAGCAGUGACGAAAACAGCGCCCCCUACAGUGACCCUCCACCUAAGUAUGAGGAGAUUGUAAGACAGAAGUGACCAGACCCCCAUCACCCCCCCCCCCCCCCCCUUUUUAGGAAAAUACGAAACCGGACGCCUUUGCCUUAACUUGAAUUGUUAAAAAACAAUAGAAAGAAAGAGCACAACAACAGAAGCUUUCUAUAAUAUAUAGAAUAGAGAAGGGGGUAUAUGGAGAAUGUCUUCAAUUAGAGCAAAGCAAUAGGAGUCUGGUUUCAGGAAAGUCCUUUCUAAUGACCGUGACCCCUAGAAAUUCCCUGUGAUCUCUGACAUUUAGGGUGGUGAACCUCUGGAGUAGUGAUUGGUUAUUGAGAUUGGAAUGUAUUCAAACAGCUUUCAUGAUUAGCUGAACAACAGUGAAGCCGCAGGAUCUCUGUGCUUUUAAUGUUUCCUUACUCCUACAAUUGCUAGGAGUGUUAAGAAAGAACAUUGCAAGGAUCUAUUCAGGCAGAACAGAACUUCUGUAAAACCUUGAGUGAUGGGAGAGCCAGGAGAGUGUGCCAAGAUUAUAGCUGAGGGAGACCAGGUACUGCGAGCUGUUGAAUGAAGGUCUGUAUUCGGCCCUGCAGUCCAAAGGUCUCUGUGAACUCUCUGUGCAGAGGCCUUUCCACACUGUACAGAAUGUUAAAGGAGGAUUACUGAUGAAAGUCUCCAGCUGAAAAUUCUGUUAUGGAAUGGACCGAUGAAAAUUCUCAAACACCUGAUGCCUUUCAAUGAGACUGCAUUCUUGAGAAUUUGUCAAAUUUAAAAUAAGAGAUAUACAUAAAUACUUGUGAAUCAGCAAUCAUUUAGUUGACCUGCUACUGUAUCAGUGGUAGGUUUAGAGGUGGGUGGGUGAGUGGGUAAGGCUAUGUUUUUAAAAGUGUUCUAAAAUUGAAUGUUUUGGUGUUCUAAAGCACAGCUGCACUGCCAUUGAUCACUGUAUUCAAUCAGGGUUAGAACUGAACAGGUGACCCUUUAGAGUCCGGUUUAAUGGAAAGAGGAUGCGAGUAAAUGUUUGACUGAGCAUAGUGGGAGGAACUAGCAGUCUUGAGUUUUUGUUAUAACCUGGACAAUAAUAUUCUUUCUUCACUGCGUUCGCAUUAACAGAUCUACAGUAGCCAACUCCACCGAAAUGGUUUGUGCAAUACCUUUUUAUCCAGUAAAUAAAAUUGUUUUAAAUUAGUUCAAUUCUAAAUGUUUUAGGAAAAAACAACCUAAAGUGUGGAUAAUUUCACUUACAGUAUUACAGUUUUUGCUCCCAUAAACAAAUGCUAAGCACACAGGAGUUCUGUAAUGUGUUUGAAAUUCCCCAGUUCUGUUCUAGCCCUGAUGGUGUUCUUACAGAGACACGCUGUUUUGAGUGCAGGUGGACAGGAUUGAAAGACUGAAGCCUGCAGGCUGUUUGCUUCCCAGCUGGAGUAGUAACAGGUUGCCAGCCCUUGAUCUGUCGGCCUCUGUGGACCUGCACUCAAGUUCUGGUUAACUUUACAGCACACACGCAUGAAACGGAUAAGGAUAUCCUAGCUUUUCUUUUUCUCUCUUUCUUGUGUAUGGUGAAUGGAAGGCUCUCAUACCUUUAUAAAUAUGUGCUUUCUGUUUUCCUUUUUUUUUCUUUAGAUAAUACAGAUGCAUUCCAAGCAAAUGUACACUAGAGGGGCGCUAUGCAGAGUACUAUCAUUGUUUUUUCCAGCCUUACUUGUGACCUGUUUACUGAAACUCCUUAACCCCUUGAAUGUGAGUGUAACGUUGGGUCUGUACCUCCCUGCUGAAAUGUUACCUAAGAAAUUGUCUUUUUUUUAUAUUUAUUUACUGUCCACCCACAGUAGCCAUGGGGAACUAAUAGUUUUCUCUGUAGCAAAAGUUAUAUCAAUAAAGUUAAACUGAAACGUAUAAAUGUAUUAGACGAGGGUCAAAACAGCCUUGUGUCAAAAACUGUUUUAAAACUGAAAAAAAGGCUUAAAAUAUUUGCAUUUGUUUUUUCACAACUAGUAAAAACCAAUUUCAUUGUAAACGAAAUGAUGUGAGCAAGUAAAACUGUCUCUCGUAAAUAUAAUUAAUAUCUAUAUAUUGGUGUCCAAGCCUGCUAGAUUCAUUUUGUUAAAGGAAGUCCAUUUUCAUUAUUAUUAUUUUUAAACACAGUUCUUGAUAGGGUGUACUUCAAAUGUAAUGUAACUUUUCUGGGGCUGUCCAGUCUCCUAAUGUACAGUGUGUGUAUAGUAACAUUUGCUAUGCAUGUUGGUGUUUUAGGUAGUUGAUGUCUGAUGUAAAGAAGCACAUACAAUGUUUAACUCUUAACUUGCCAUGCGGUUUGUCUUCCAGCUCCAGUACUUUUCUAUGUCAGGGGCACAAAAGAAUACUUUUUACUUCAGACAAUAAAAAAAAAUGAAUAAAAAAGCAGAUGGUUGCUCAGCAAACCAGAACAUAUCUAGUAAUUCCUGAACUCAAGCCUUGUUUGGUUUCCUUUCAAAGAUUUAGUUUCUGGACGGUGACACAAAAAGAGUUAAAUAUUGGUUACCUGCUUUUGGAUGGUUUGGAUCACUUGCCACUUCAUGUUUAAUGCUUGGGAGUGUAUAAGUUACAAGUGGGUGCUGUUUUGUAACUGGGCGGCCAGAACAAAAUAAUCACCAAGACAGCAGGAAUAUUAUCGGCUUCCUCCUGCAUUAAAGGGACCCUAUCUUGGGUUGUUAUUUGUUAUUAUAUUGUCUUUCAUUGUGUAUCAUAUAACAUAUAGAAGUUGUGCUUGUUGCACCUGUUUGCAGUUUUAAAAAAAAAAAAAAUUAUGCCCUCUUUACAUAAAUCAGUUUUAAAGGUAAAGUUAUCUGUGUUAUAACUGGAUUGCAUUAUUUGUAGGAGUAAUCCCGGGAUAACCACAUAGAAGUGGCUGAUGGAAUCCGGGGUGAUUUCCCAGGUGCAGUCCAGCUAUUUGUGGCUUAUCCUGCAGGGUAUAGGUUGAUCAGAUCAACCCCGAAGGCUCAACCGAAGAGAAUACUAGCAUCAACUGUGACUCCUACAACACUGUUUAAUCUCUAAUUUUGCCACCCAGAAUUGCUAAAUUGCAGUUGUUGAACCUUUGCUCCCUUGUGUAUAAUGAGCUUCCAGUAAGCUUUGGAGAGGUGGGGGGAGGGGGGGUGGUGAUGUUGUCCCUCUUAUUACAGAUCAUAAAAAUGUUGCUAUAUGUUUUUUAGCACGUAAAGGGGCUUCCCAAUGGUACUGCAGGAAGUGCUUACAAACUCCCUCAUUUGAAAUGCUUUAAUUCAGUCAUUGCACAUACCAGAUUGAAUGCAAGUGAGAGGAGGGACAUUCUUUACAUUUGAUUUGUGUUCUUAUUUGAUAUUCAAUGUGUUUUGGAAUGUGUUAUGCUAAGCAAGUAUUAAAGCUGAUUUUCCAACAGGGCUUAAACAUUUUGGGGGGCUUGGGUGUUUCUUGUUUAUUGACCCGGGCUUAUCCAAAUCUAAUUCCCUAUUUACAGAGGGAAGCGGCAUGUGCAGUCCAUUAAAACACUUCAAUCUCAGUCCACAAUGCAAUUCUCAUCUGCAAAUUAGAAGGUAUUUUGCUACUUCUUAACACUGCUUAAGAGCAGAAAAUGUUUACAAACCAUAUUGAGUGCCAUGUUAAAAACAAAACAACAAAAUAAAAAGUAAACCAAAAAGUAGAAAAUGGAACCAAAAAAUGUACAAAUGGGUGUAAGAAAUCUAGCAAGACCGAAGGAAUAUUUUUGUAAAAUUAAACAAUACCAUUCAAGACAUUGCUUUUUAAUGAUCAUACAGGUUUAUAAACAUACCUACGUACAAUAUAUAUGGUGAAAGUGUUUUCAUGGACUGAUGUAAUUUGUGUCUCCAGUCUGCCCAGGGUCAGUGUAUGUUGGCUGUGUUGCAGACCAGUACUUCUGCUGAUGUGUUACAUAACAGCCUAGAGAGGAAAUGAUCGUUUUUGCAUUUAUCAUCUACUUCAUGACACAAUGGACAAGAGGUGCCAAAUUAUUGCUUUGUGAAAGCACAUAUUAAAAAAAAAUGUUAAUUGAAAAAGAA